CAUUGAUAACAUGUGUGGUCAUCUGCUGGGGCUGGAGAGUGUCCCUUGGGCGCAGUUAGCCCUGAGUGUGGCCUUCUGACCUGCCGGCUGCCCGUCCGUGCUGCCCCGGUCUGCCCCUGACCUGAACUUGGGGCUGGCCUGGACCUGAUCCCUCCGAGGCCAGACCAUCUCCCCGGCCUUGGGUGACCUUGGGCCGGGCAUAUUAGUGCCUCUGGCUUCUGUGCAUGGAUUUUGCCACCACCUUGUCCUUGGAGGUCCCGGCCCAUGAGGCUCCUGCCAGGGCCGUGACCUCCUGGUUGUCGCACCCACAGCCCCGUUCUGCUGUUGAUUUCCGCUGGCCUGGGUGGGUACUAGGGCAUCCUGGGUGGGGUCGUGGCUGAGGGGAGAACCAGAUCCCGCCUCCCCCUCGGCCCGCAGCUCCAUCACCGCUCUCCUUGAAGUCAUGGGGGGCAGGGAUGUCGGUGCCCGAAGCAGGUGGCCUGGGGCUCCGGGGUCCAGAGCUCUCUGUCCCGGUGGCUGGCCCUCAAAGGCUGCCUCUGCUGUCCCCCGGCCACGGAGCCUUUCCCAAGGGUGGGCCCCUCGACCCACAGUCUUUCCUGGGGGCGCGUGCCUCUCCUUUAUCUGGGAAACUCCCCCACGUACCCCAUGUUCCCUGCCACAGUGGGCUCCUGGGGGGAAUAGUGUCCCCCGCCAAAGUUCCUGUCCAUCUGGAGCCUCAGGAUGGGAGUCUUCGUAGGUGUUCAGGGUGGGCCUAAGUCCCGUGGCUGAGGUCCUUGCGGGAAAGUGGGAGGCCGCCUGGCACCCCCAGAAACUGGGAAAGGCCGGCAGGACCCGGAGGGAGCGUGGCCCUGACCGAGGGCUUCUGGCUCCCAGCGCUGUUGUGCCCCGUCCCCGCUGGUGAUGUGCCGUCCGGCAGCCCCUCGUGGCUCCGAGCCUGCCUCCCGCCCUCAGCCUGCCUCCGCCACCUGUGCAGACGGGGCGGCCGUCCCCACCUGGUGGAGCCUUGGGAAGAAAGUGAGGCGGCCACGCGCAGGCAUCCUCAGGACCUGCCUGUCGCACGGGAAGGGGCGCCAGCGGGACGGCGGCCCGAGGCCUCCCCGCCCCCCGCAGAGGAAGCAGCAGAGGAAGCGAGGGCAGGGGACGCAGGGCCGGAGGCCAGUUCCCAGGCGGCCUGUCUGGGCCGUGUCCAUGCCAAGGCCCCCCCUCCGCCCAGGCUUCCUCGGGCAGUGGCAGGGCCGAGGCGGGGCGCCUGGGGGCCCCGAGUAGGGUCAAGGGUCUCCGGAGAGUCACUCUGGGGUUAGACCAGCGGUCGGAGCCACGUGGGAGCGGCUGCCCAGAGCCGGACGGCGCCCCCCUCAGUGAGCUCUCCUGGUCGUCCUCCCUGGCUGUGGUGGCCGUGUCCUUCUCCGGGCUCUUCACUGUCAUUGCUCUCAUGCUGGCCUGUCUGUGCUGUAAGAAGGGUGGCAUCGGGUUCAAGGAGUUUGAGAAUGCUGAGGGGGAAGAGUACGCAGCAGGCUUCUCGGCACAGGGCUCCCCUGCCUCAGGGGCUCCGAACGGGCCAGACGUGUAUGUCCUGCCACUCACCGAGGUCUCCCUGCCCAUGGCCAAGCAGCCGGGGCGCUCAGUGCAGCUGCUCAAGUCCACAGACCUGGGCCGUCACAGCCUCUUGUACCUGGAGGAGGUUGGCCACGGCUGGUUCGGGAAGGUGUUCCUGGGGGAGGUGAACUCGGGCAUCAGCAGCACCCAGGUGGUGGUGAAGGAGUUGAAGGCCAGCGCCAGCGUGCAGGAGCAGACGCAGUUCCUGGAGGAGGCUCAGCCCUACAGAGCCAGCCCCCUUCCCCGCCCGCCCGCCCCCUCCUGCCCUGAGUUCGAGUCAGGGGGGCAGCCUGUUGGCUCCCGCAGGGCCCUGCAGCACAGCAACCUGCUUCAGUGCCUGGCGCAGUGCGCGGAGGUGACCCCCUACCUGCUGGUGAUGGAGUUCUGCCCCAUGGGGGACCUCAAGGGCUACCUGCGAAGCUGCCGGCUGGCGGAGUCCAUGGCGCCCGAUCCCCUGACCCUGCAGCGCAUGGCCUGCGAGGUGGCCUGUGGCGUCCUGCACCUGCAUCGCAACAACUAUGUGCACAGUGACCUGGCCCUCAGGAACUGUCUGCUCGCGGCCGACCUGACGGUGAAAAUCGGCGACUACGGCCUGUCCCACGGCAAAUACAGAGAAGACUACUUUGUGACUGCCGACCAGCUGUGGGUACCGCUGCGCUGGAUCGCGCCCGAGCUGGUGGACGAGGUGCACUGUAACCUGCUGGUGGUGGACCAAACCAAGGCCAGCAACGUGUGGUCCCUGGGCGUGACCAUCUGGGAGCUCUUUGAGCUGGGCGCACAGCCCUACCCCCACCACUCCGACCGGCAGGUGCUGGCCUACGCAGUCCGGGAGCAGCAGCUGAAGCUCCCCAAGCCCCAGCUGCAGCUGACGCUGUCUGACCGCUGGUACGAGGUGAUGCAGUUCUGCUGGCUGCAGCCUGAACAGCGGCCCACGGCCGAGGAGGUGCACCUGCUGCUGUCCUAUCUCUGUGCCAAGGGCGCCACUGAGGCGGAGGAGGAAUUCGAGCGGCGCUGGCGCUCGCUGCGGCCGGGCGGGGGUGGCGCAGGCCCUGGGCUGGCAGGCCUGGCUCUGGGGGGCGCGGGCGAGCUGGCCUCCGCCUCGUCCUUCCCGCUGCUGGAGCAGUUCGCAGGCGACGGCUUCCACGCGGACGGGGACGACGUGCUGACGGUGACCGAGACGAGUCGCGGCCUCAACUUCGAGUACAAGUGGGAAGCGGGCCGCGGCGCCGAGGCCUUCCCACCCCCGGGGGUCGCAGCGAGCCCUAGCCGCACCGCUUGCCUGCAGGAGCUGUGUGCCGCUGACGGUGCGCCCCCGGGCGUGGUGCCUGUGCUCAGCGCGCACAGCCCCUCGGUGGGCAGCGAGUACUUCAUCCGGCUGGAGGAGCCGACUCCCGCCGCCGGCCACGACCCUGACUGCGCCGGCUGCACCCUCAGCCCCCAUGCCGUGGACCUGCUCCCCGAUGGUGGUGACCAGGACGAUGACUCGGAGGGCAGCGCGGCCACCUCGCUGGCCAUGGAGCCCCUGCUGGGCCAUGUGCCGCCCCCCGAGGGGUCCUGGGGCCGCUGUGACUACCUGCAUGGGAGCUGUGCCCGGGAACCGUCCUGUCCUCUGAGCUCGCCCUCACCCGGGACCCUCGUGCUGGCGGAGCCCAGGGAGGAGGACGCCGACUGGGGCACAGCUGCCUUCUGCCCACCCUUCUUGGAGGACCCAGUGGGCACGUCCCCCUCGGGCGGGGAGGAGAUGGGGGCCACCGAGGCCUGCAGGGCCGCCCAGCCCAGACACUGGAGCUCCAACGUGUCCGCCAACAACAACAGUGGCAGCCGAGCACCAGGCUCCUGGGACCCGGGACACGUGGCUGGCUGCAUGGACUGCUGCCCUGGCCCAGAGCACACCUUACGGGCUGCCCCGCAGCUAGGCGGUCCCCUGGCCCUAGAGGACCCCACAGAGCCUCUCCUUGGGUCAAAGGGGGCCUCCUCUGGCCAGGAGCUAGGCCGCUGCUUUGGCCUUCCUCUUCUGUGUCCUGCUGAGGGCCUGGCACCGGCCAUCUGCCUGGUGACGUCCUCCCGGACAGAGGCAGCCAUUAGCCAGGCUAACAGCCCCCAGGCGGAGCCCAGGCUUGCUGAGGAAGCUGAGGGCUCUGCCAGACCUCAGCUACCCCUUCCCUCUGUCCCAGCCCCAUCCCAAGAGGGAGCCCUGCUUCCUGCCGAGGCGGCCAGUGCCCUCGACACCCUGCCCGCCUUGCCCACGCCUGCUGGCAGCUGGGAGACUGCCACUGAGGCAGCCCAGACCCCAGACAGCUACAGGGUUUCCCCUGAGCCGGGGGCGCCCGUCAGUGAGGAUGAGGACAUGACAGAGGCCACUUCUGGUGUCUUCGCUGAUUUGUCCAGCGAUGGCCCACUGGCCGAGAAGCCAGACGUGACUCUGGCCUUCCGCUCUUUGCAGAAGCAGGCGGGGACCCCCGACUCUGGGGACUCCCUGGAUAUCCCACCUUCAGCCGGUGAUGGUGGUGGCUGCGAGGUCUUCAGCCCAUCAGGUAUCGGCACUCCCGGCGGGCAGCCCCGAGCCCUGGACAGUGGCUAUGACACAGAGAACUACGAGUCCCCUGAGUUUGUGCUCAAGGAGGCACACGAGCCAUGUGAGCCUGAGGCCUGUGGGGAGCUGGUCUCCGAGGAGGACAGCCCUGGGCCCGAGACCCAGCUCUCCACCUCUCUUGGUGGCCUUGGCCAGAAGAACCCCUACCGUGACUCAGCCUACUUUUCGGACCUGGAUACAGAGCCUGACUGCACUUCGGGCCCCCAGGAGAAGGGAGGAGGUGACUUGACCUCCAGGCUAGAGCUGGACCUGGAGAGCUCUGGGCUGCCGGCCGCACAGCCCUCCCCUGAGUCUGGUGUGGCUGGGGGGACGCGAGGCACUGGUCCCAGAGAGGUGCUGCCGCUGCUGCCUGAGGACUUUUCUCCAGGGCCAAGUACAUGCCCGGAGGGCCCCAGACCGGACCCUCCCUGGCCCCAGGGCCCUGCCCAAGGGCCUCCAGUGCCCAGCCCCGGGGGUUCCAAGAUUUUCCUGCUGACCCCAGUCCCGCUGAGCUCAGAGAGCCACCUCCCUGAGCUCCAGGAGGCCCCAGUACUGCCGUCCGGACCCGCCCAGCAAGAACGGACAGGGAGCCCGGGUGCCCCCAGGACCCCACUCUGCCUGGCCCUGCCGGGACUGCCCGCAGCCCCGGAGGGCCGGUCGGAGGAGGAAGAGGAGGACAGCGAGGAGAGCGAUGAGUCGGAUGAAGAGCUCCGCUGCUACAGCAUCCAGGAGCCCAGCGAGGAGAGCGAGGAGGAGGCGCCUCCCGUGCCCGUGGUGGUGGCCGAGAGCCAGAGCGCGCGCAACCUGCGCAGUCUGCUCAAGAUACCCAGCCUGUUGUCGGAGGCCUUCUGCGAGGACCUGGAGCGCAAGAAGAAAGCCGUGUCCUUCUUCGACGACGUCACCGUCUACCUCUUCGACCAGGAAAGCCCCACCCGGGAGCUCGGGGAACCCUUCCCGGGAGCCAAGGAGUCGUCCCCCGCGUUCCUGGCGGGCGGCCCCCGCUCCCCCAGCGCCCCCGGCCGGCCGCGGCGGGCAGACCGCUCCCCCGACGGCUCCGCGGCGGAAGAGGGUGGAGGGCUCGCGUGGGACGACGGCUUCUCGCCGACGCCGGCCCCGGAGGCCGCCCGGCCCGCUCCCGCCGCGCCUCCCAAGCAGACCGCACCCGGCCCCUUCUCGCGCUUCACCGUGUCGCCUGCGCCCGCGUCCCGCUUCUCCAUUACGCACGUCUCCGACUCGGACGCCGGGUCCGUGGGAGGCCCUGUAGCCGGUGCCGGGGGCAACUGUAAAGAAGCUUGAGGCCCAGGCGGGCACCCUUGGAGCUCCUGCCAGUCCUGCUCCAGGCAGCAGCGAAGAUGGUGACCGAGAGUGGAGACCUCGGUGUUGGUGGUCGUCAGCAGCUUCCAGAGCCUCGGUGCCCCAUGCAGCGCCCCGGAGCAGGGCGGGACAAGAGGCCUCCUUCGGCCGUGUGCGCCAGUCCUGGGCUGCCGGAGGGGCAGGACUUCUCCUGGACACGGGUUUGUUGCUAGCUGCUGAGGAUGACCUCUAGCCUCAGGCCUGAGCAGGUCCCCUCCGUACAGCUGCCCCUCCGCCGUGACUCUGCUAGCGGGCUGCUUGGCUUCUGAGGCCAGGGGACCGGCUCUUGGCUGGGGGGGGGGGGGGGGGGAGGGACUUUGCACGCCCUGCCCACUAGUUCCUGUGGUGAAUGACACAGGCCCGCUGGGACGGCCUCUCUCUGCCCCCUUCUCCCCUUCUGCCUGGUUCUGGGUUUGCCAGAAGAGGACCCUGGGCUUGUGUGUCCCCAGCCACCCUUACCUCAGAGUCUGUGGCUGUAUUUCCCUUCGGUGACUCAGCUGGACCCGCAAACCCUCCCUCCCUGUCUGGGCCAGCUCCCAUCUGAGUCCACGGCUGGAGCCUGGGCAGGUGGGGCAAGGCGGGCGGCCCAAAAGAUGGGGGCUUCCGGCCACACCUGUUCUAGAGGUGCCCGCGGCUGGCCAGCCUGGCCCGGCAGCCCCCACAAUCCGCGUCAGGGGCCCUGCCUGCAGGGGUGGGGGUGCGGGUGGGAGGGAAGUGGGGGGCUGGGCAGCACAGGGAGUAUUUUUGUAACUGCUGUUGUCUGAGCAAAUGGAAGCGGGGUGAUUUUAAGUUAUUGUUGCCAAAGAGAUGUCAGAUUUACUGUUGCUUUGGGGGUGGGGGUGGGGGACUUGUUUUGGGUUUGUGUUUUUUGUUUUCAUUAGUCUGAGGCUUCGGAUGCUGGUGCCAUGAUUUCCUUGUUCCUUUUUUGUUUGUUUUUUAAAAGAAAUCAAGCUAAGAAAACAAGCCUUCAUGCUAA